GACGCUGAUGAACACCUUUACGGCAGAUCGUGAUCACACGUGUUGUCAUCGCAUGGAAGAUACACGGAGUCAGAGUAGCUUCCACUAGCCGUCCAAAUAUAGAAUUUGAAGAAAAAAAUGUCUUUCAGAGGAGGAGGUGGACGAGGUGGAGGGUUUAACCGUGGUGGAGGAGGAGGUAGAGGAGGAGGAGGAGGAUAUGGUGGAGGCAGAGGUGGAGGAGGAUAUGGUGGAGGCAGAGGUGGUGGAUUUGGACGGGGUGGUGGCAGAGGUGGUUUUAACAGACAGCAGGACUACGGACCUCCAGAGCAUGUUGUUGCACUGGGAGAGUUCAUGCAUCCAUGUGAGGAUGAAAUUGUGUGUAAAUGUACAACAGAUGAAAACAAGGUUCCCUACUUCAACGCUCCGGUAUACUUGGAAAACAAGGAGCAGAUAGGAAAGGUGGAUGAGAUAUUCGGCCAGCUGCGGGACUUUUAUUUUUCAGUCAAACUUUCUGAAAAUAUGAAGGCAUCUUCAUUCAAGAAAUUGCAGAAGUUUUACAUAGAUCCAAUGAAGCUCCUCCCGCUGCAGAGAUUCCUCCCCAGGCCGCCAGGAGAAAAGGGUCCACCAAGAGGAGGCCGAGGCGGGGGUAGAGGUGGAGGAAGAGGUGGUGGUGGACGUGGAGGCGGAUUCCGAGGUGGCAGAGGAGGAGGCGGCAGGGGUGGAGGAUUUGGAGGUGGUGGACGUGGAGGCGGCUUCAGAGGUGGCGGAGGACGCGGAUUCAGAGGUGGGAGAUGAUCUGACAGUGAUGGUCUGGUGUGAUUCUCAUCCCAGUCUUCUGCUACGCAAGCGAGAAGGUGGCUCUGCAUACCAGAGCCUGGCUAGGGGGACUCAGAAUAAGAAAGUGGACAUUGCCUCUAUUUACUUGAGUGGAUUCGUUUUGUUUUAUUUUUUACAAGUUUUGAAUGAGUGAUGGAUCCUGAUUAUUUUUUAUUUAAAAGGUUCAUAUGUAUGCUUGAGUGUAACAUAGUGGGAACCUUUUCAGCCUUUUACAAAGGGGGUCCCUUUGUGAACAGGCUGAACAUCCUGUGCUGAUUAUGUUAGUGUUUGGCCAUAAUGUCUGUACUUUGAUUAGAACUUUCAAGAGAUAGAUUCACAAACCUUCAUGCAUUAUUUUUGUCAGAUAUGGAAAAUAUGUGGGGAAAUCAGACCAUACUUUCUUAGCUGAAAAGAUUUUAAUACUCAUAAUUUGUAAACAUCGCAGAAGCAGAAUAUUGUCUCGUUUUUGUUAACAACCUUCAUUAAAAGGUGCUUUGUAAA